CUGCACCCUCGCCUUUGCAGCAAGACCUCUGUGCCUCUCCCUGUGGACAGCAUGUGGCUGAGGCCUCCCCUGGGUUUACAGGGCACCUUUCUGGGCAUGGAUCAGGCCCAGAGGCUGCAGCUGCUGGUGCUGCUGCUGCUCGGGGUGGGCACGGCCCCCAGCGGUGGCUCUGAGCUGAGGGACAGAGCCCACGCCCUCAUGAAGGCCCACCCGCUUAUCGAUGGCCACAACGACUUAGCAGGAAUUCUGAGAUGGUUUCACUGGAACAGACUCCAAGGCAUCAACUUGAGAACCUUCAACCUAAGCCAAACCAAUAUUCAGAAGCUUCAAGCAGGAAUGGUGGGAGCCCAGUUCUGGUCAGCUUACGUCCCCUGCCAGACUCAGGACAAAGAUGCUUUGCGCCUAACCCUGGAACAGAUCGAUGUCAUCAAACGGAUGUGCAAUGCUUAUGAGGAAUUGGAGUUCGUGAGCUCGGCUCAAGAGCUUAAGGAGAGCCGGAAGUUGGCUUGCCUGAUUGGGGUGGAAGGUGGCCACUCCAUGGAUAGAAGCCUGGCCGUCUUGAGGGCAUUCUAUGACCUCGGAGUGCGCUAUAUGACCUUAACACAUUUCUGUAACACACCCUGGGCAGAGAGCUCCACCAAGGGCCUGCAUCACUCUUAUCCAUAUAUUAAGGGACUAAAUACUUUUGGUGAGGAAGUGAUACAGGAAAUGAACCGUCUGGGCAUGAUGGUGGACCUCUCUCAUACGUCGGAUGCCACGGCCAGAAGGGCGAUGAUUGUGUCUCGAGCUCCGGUGAUAUUCUCUCACUCAUCGGCCUUCCAAAUUUGCAACGAUUCGAGGAAUGUGCCAGACGACCUCCUGAAGCAGCUGAAAAGAAACGGAGGCAUUGUGAUGGUGACCUUCUCUGUGGGUGUGAUUCAGUGUGAGCUGUUGGCCAACAUCUCCACAGUAGCAGAUCACUUUGACCACAUAAAGAAGGUCAUAGGAGCCGAGUUCAUGGGGAUCGGAGGAGACUACGAUGGUGUUGGCAAGUUUCCACAAGGCCUGGAAGAUGUCUCCAAAUACCCUGCUUUGAUUGAGGAACUGCUGAAGAGGGGCUGGAGUGAGAAAGAACUGCAGGGUCUGCUUCGAGAUAACCUCCUGAGAGUCUUUCAGAAAGUGGAACAGGUACGGCAAGAGAGCAAGACUCAGGGUCCCAAGGAAGAUACGCUUCUUCAAACAGAUGUAGAUAAUCCAUGCCGUUCAAGCUUCCAGCAGCUGAGAUCACCAAAGCCACUUUUCAGUGGGCAACCCUUCCUGCGCCCAGCCCUGCACCUCACCACCUUUGCCCUCGUCCUCAUGUCCUCCAUGGGGCAGCACUUCCCCUGAGAUGGAAGGUUGGGUAGAUCAGUGCCUAUCUCAGAACAGAACUGCAGUCCUCAUUUUUGGUCCUUGGGAGAUGGGCCCCAGCCUGGUUCAGGGGGACAGCCAUAUCCUCCCCUCCCCCCUGGCACCCCUCUAUUCCAUGGCUAGGCUACUGGCCCCAUUUAAGCAGCAGAAAGGCCUGUCAGGCAUUGGCUCCCCACCUGCAACCUUCCUUUCCAAUGGUCAGUUAAAUUUCCAAUGGUUCUUCUUGAGAACCAGACUCACCCCCUGGGAAUUAGCAAUGGUGGUCUCGGAGUGAUGAUGGGGAGGAUGGUAAUGAUGGUACAGAGCCCAAGGAGCUAUUAGAUUAGGCUGCAAAUGACUCUCCCAACUGCUCCAGGCUCAGGCCCAAACUCCUCUCUUGGUAUUGCUUUAUUUCUAGUAGGACUUGCAAUUUGUAACUCCCUUUGCUUGGGGAGCCAGGGAUGCAGCUCUGUUUUCCCCUCAAUAUAAGAGCCAGUCCAGCAGAACCUCUGCUAAGGGGAAACCAGACCUUGGAUGCCCCUCUCUGCUUCUCCUCAACUAGAAGAGGAUGUCUCUAGGCCAGUAAUUCAGGCAGGAGAGCCAGCGAGUGAUGGGAUCAUUUGGGACUGUGCAGACUCAAGUUCUCUGGAGCCUUAGCCUGUUCACCUUCAGUUUAUGGUUCAAUGAAAUCUUGUCCCAUCAACAUUCGCUUUCUGCUUGGAGGUAAAGGCUUGGCUCUCUUUUAGUCCCAAAUUUAGCAUCAUAGCAUCUUAUUAGCAGUCCAUGUCUUUUGGCUCUCUCCCUUUCUUUCCCCUUCUGAGGUUACCAACAUUUCUAGACCCUCAUUCUGAAUUUCAAUGAGAAAAUUUCUAAAUUUUCCCCUGGAAAGGCUGCUAGGAUUAGAUAUGGCAUUGACUUCUACCCAACAACCCCUACCCACCAGGCUAGGUUAAAUAAAUAUGAAUAAACUUAACAGAAAGAAUUUG